AUGCUAUUUCGUCGAUUGCACGGUAGUGUAAUUCGUGCUGGUUUGAGCUCCAAUCACCUGCAGAACCCAGAGGUAGGACUGGUUGCCUACGAUGACGCUGUAAGCGGUGCCGUGAUUGAUUUCCUACCAGACCCCUACGUCACUGCACGCUACGUCAGCGUGGAUAUCCCUAGAAGUGGUGCAAUACUCAACUUGGUUGAAGUCAUGAUUGAAGAGGUAACCAUGGAUAUAAUCAAGACUGACACACCAUCAGUUGUUUUCAAUCAAAAGUGUGUGUUUUUCCCGUCACGACCGUACUUUAUCUGGAUCCAUUACCUGACUAUUUUUCUUUCGGAUUGGAACCUGAAUCCCUGGUGGAAGAUAGAUCUGACUUCUGUUCACUGCAUUGGAAAAAUUGCCAUCAGGAAUGUAGAUCAUCUUGAACAUGACUUCAGAUUACGUUUGCAAGAUGCUGUUGUCCGUGCUGGCCUAAGUAAUGUACAUCUUGAUAACCCGACGUGUGGUUCUAACGUAACCCUGUAUCAAGCCUCAAUCAAUGAUUGGAUUGAAUUCACCUGUGAUCCCUACAGACUUGCUCGGUAUGUUAGCGUCGAUAUCGAUACUUACGGUCAUUUUGCACUGGCUGAAGUAAUAGUAUGGCCGUGUGAUCUCCACCCAGCAGCCCUGAACUUGACCAAUAAACCCAGUAGUCAAAGCUCCACAGACCGUAGUUUCGUUGCUGGUAGAGCAUUGGACAGUCUUCCAAUAGAACCUUAUUGCAGCCUUACAAUGUCAGAUAUGAACGCCUGGUGGAUGGUGGAUCUCGAGUCAAGUCAGUGUCUGGGACAGAUUAGAGUUUGGAGCUUUGCACAGGGAACCAAUUUCCAAGAUGCUGCUGUACGUGUCGGGCUAAGCGAUAAUUGUACCAAGAAUGUAGUGUGUGGUCGACAAGUCCAAGCUUCAUCCGACUUUGUGGCGUUUACCUGCGAUCCGCCCGUACUUGCCCGGUAUGUCAGCGUCGAUAUCCCUGGAAUGGCGAGACUCGGGAUGUGCGAAGUGACAGUAGCCACGUGUGAUUUCAAGAAACAAGUUGAUGGUGUGGAUUUGACUUUGGUUGUCAACCCUUCUCUACUUGGCCCAACUGGAGACAACGAAUCCGUCAUUGCAGUGUACAGAGGUCCUGAGGAGAUUACAUCUAAUGUCUCAUUCGGUCGCCAAGUCUCAACAGGAGGAGCGUCUGGCCUUCCUUCAGGCUCAGGCGAGAUUGUAGAUUCAUCCUUGGCAUGUACAGUUAGAUUGCUUAGCUUACCAGAGGAGGGAGGACUUGAUAGGACGGGUGUCUUCUACGCAGAGGCGACCGGAAAUGGCUUGACCACUAGGAUACAGACUAUAAUUCUACCCAAAGAUGAAAGCACCGUUUAUAUACGUUCUGUUGUGCGAACACAAACGACAAGUAUUGGAGACUCUGUAGUAAUGGAAAUGCAGAAAGUAAACCCACCGAGCGAAGACUACAGAUGGAGGCGUAAUGGAGGCGAUGUCAUCGAAACUUGGAACAACCUCCUGAGUGUAUCGAUUCCGAAUGUCGCUAAGGAUGACGAAGGAGCAUACAGCUGCUUCGUUGUGGAUCAAGAAGAUGAACAACUGCAUGGAAUCAUGAGGCUCAUAGUUAGAGAUUGCUCUUUCAGACAUUGGGAUCCACCUUCAUGUCUGAAAACCUGUCGUCGAUGCUACAAUGGCGGUGUAUGUGAUGACGAGUCUGGUACCUGUAUCUGCGCUCCGGGGUUCAGUGGAGAAAAUUGCGAGCAUGUCCAUGGCCGUAAUGUCUUUGGUAAGACUGCUGAUCAGAGGUGUCCCGGUAGCACUGAUCCACACCACGAGGCUUGCCGAGGGCGUUCGUUCUGUCUUCCUGAUCCUUAUGGAUGCUCGUGUGCUGCGGGUUACAUGGGACUUGACUGUAUGCAAGAAUGCGCUGCAGGAACAUUUGGUGCGGACUGUAAGCAGACAUGUCACUGUGCAUCGGGAGGAACCUGCAGUAAAGGUACAGGAGAAUGCAGCAAUGGUUGUGAGGCACCGAAUUUUGGAAAUAAUUGCCAGUGCACAACUGAAAAUGGCGUACUUGGGCUUAAGGUGACGUCAGGCGGUCCUCAUCAACUGUUCGUUGCCUGGCAACAAGACCCUUGCUCUUCUGGCUACGAAGUGACAACCAGGGAUGAGUGUGAAGACAUUGUAUCUCAGAACUUAACAACGGGAACAACUUACCAUUUCAUAACUGACUUAAUGUUCCCACUGAACCACAGAGUUCACAUUCGGCCGCUGUACCCUGGUGAUGUACAGGGACCUGAGGUGAACUUUUCGCAAACAAGAAAGCCAUUUGAGGCCCCAACUGAAGUGAAUUCCACCUCAGUGACGUCAACCAGCCUGAGUUUUUCCUGGAGUAAGCCACCUUGUGGAAGCCGAGGUGGUAUCAUCACAGGCUACACGUACAAACUGACUGAAGUAGGCCCAGAAUCUACAGAAGUCGUUCAGUCAGUGACAUCAGAGGAAUCGGUGACCAUCGAGGGUUUGUCCCCGCUCACUGAGUACAGUUUUCAGGUUGCUGCUAGCACCAACGCCGGAGCCGGACAGUACAGUCAGGCUCAAGUGAAAAUGACCCUCCCCGCCCCUGACUCCUCGGCAGUGGUAGGCGGCUCAGUAGCAGCUGCUGUAAUCCUGAUUCUGAUGGUGAUAAGUGUAGUCAUUGUGAUGCACAAAAGACGCAGCCGUCGAAAAAAUCUGCCUUCUGGCGUCAAUAGAGAUACUUCUCUUCAACAGAACAAAGCUUUCGAAGCAGAUGUGGCCUAUCAGGUUCCAGAACCUACUGCGGAACCGGCCCCGUACAUGAGCCUUGGCGAUGGUGUAGUCACGAUAUCUUCCGCCCAACCCAUUGCACAGAACCCAAGUACAUCACAGGAUGUGGAUGAUUAUGAGGUUUCCAUAUCCCAAGCCGAACCUCACGCGUACACUUACAUAGACGCUGACAUCGUGAAGAAGUCGUCCGCACUGCAAACUGAACGGAAACCAAAGCCCAAACCUCCUCCAAAACCGCACGCCGCCCACGACGACACGUAUGAGGUUUUGGAUUCUGCGUGCGCAUCCGUGGACGAGGGUAAAGAGAAGUCUUCCGCAUCGUCCGUCGCACGCAAACUGAUGCCCAAACCUCAUCCGAUACCAUCCGUCUCGCAACCAGCUGCCGACGAAUAUGCGCAACAGCAGUUCUUCCAACACUUUUUCAGCCAGCUUUCGGUUCGUGCCGAUGAGCUCUCAGAAUACAUCCGCAAGAAGGAGCAGGCUGACCAAUAUGGCUUUCCUAAGGAUUUCAAGACCCUUCCAGAUGGUCAGUUAGGUCCAGCGACUGUGGCUUUAAAACCACAAAACAAAACCAAGAAUCGUGAUGCGGACAUCAUUGUCUAUGACCAUUCUCGCGUCGUGUUGGAGCCAUUGCCGAAUGAUCCCGAUUCUGAUUACAUAAAUGCUUGCUACAUUGAUGGUCAUUUGGAGAAGGACAAGUACAUUGCCAGUCAAGGACCAACCGAAUCGACGGUAGGAGAUUUCUGGCGUAUGGUGUGGCAGAUGAAGGUGGAUAAGAUCAUCAUGCUCACCAAUCCGGUAGAAAAGGGCAAGGUGAGGUGUAACCACUACUGGCCAGAUACCGGAUUCAAAACUUAUUCUGACAUCGCAGUCAGCACUGUAGAGAAAGAGGACGCGUUCUUGGACUACACCAUUCGUGUGUUUCAGAUAAACAAGGUGUUUAGUGCGGAAAGUAACAGACUGGUGAAGCAGUUUCAUUUCAAGACCUGGCCUGACAUGGAAGCACCAAAGCACCCGACUACUGUGCUCAACUUCAUGCGAGUAGUGAACGCUGAACGUAACAAAGGACGGACCGUUGUACAUUGCAGUAAUGGUACCGGCCGUACAGGAACCUACAUCGCCCUGGACUCCAUGCUUGAUCAGAUGCACCAAGAAGGACAAGUUGAUGUCCUUGGCUUCAUCUAUCGCAUGACAAAACGAAACAAGAUGGUGCAAACACCGGCGCAAUACCGAUUCAUCUUCGAAGCUCUGCUGGCUGCUUCUAAGGAAGAUGACACGUCUUACGAGAACAUAGGGAAGGGAGCCAAGAAAGCGGAGAAACAGGUGGAUGUAAAACUGACUAGAAAGUAA